CGGUUCCGGCGGACCCGGGGGCCAGGCUGAGGCUAAUGGCGGCGUCCACGGAACAGAACCUUGAAGGCGUAGAGGAGGCCAAGGUGGAAGAGGAACCGCGAGUUCUGGAACCCGGGGCCGCCCCGUUCGGAAAUUUCCCUCAUUAUUCCCGCUUCCACUCUCCUGAGCAACGGCUCCGCCUCCUGCCUCCGGAGCUGCUUAGCCGGCUCUUCCCUCCCGGUCCCGAGAAGAAGCCGGUUCUGGGGCUGGACGUGGGGUGUAACUCCGGGGAUCUAAGUGUGGCUCUGUACAAACACUUCCUUUUCCUACAUGAUGGGGAGACCCACUCAGAUGCCUCAAGAGAACUCCGUCUCCUCUGCUGCGACAUAGAUCCGGACCUGGUGGAGCGAGCUAAAAAAGAAUGCCCUUUUCCUGAUGCCUUGACUUUUAUUACCCUGGACUUCAUGAAUCAAAGGAGCCGGAAAGUUCUCUUGAGCUCUUUCUUAGGCCAGUUUGGACGCUCAGUAUUUGACAUUGGCUUCUGCAUGUCCAUAACCAUGUGGAUUCAUCUGAACCAUGGGGACCAUGGCCUAUGGGAGUUUCUGGCUCACCUCUCCUCCCUCUGCCACUACCUCCUUGUGGAGCCACAGCCCUGGAAAUGUUAUCGGGCAGCUGCAAGGCGUCUUCGAAAGUUGGGCCUCCAUGAUUUUGACCACUUCCAUUCCCUUGCCAUCCGAGGUGAUAUGGCCAGUCAGAUUGUGCAGAUCUUGACCCAGGACCAUGGCAUGGAAUUCGUAUGCUGCUUUGGCAACACCAGCUGGGACCGAAGCCUUCUGCUCUUCAGGGCAAAACAAACCACAGAGACUCAUCCAAUUCCUGAAUUACUGAUAGAAGGAAAAGAAGGGAACAGGUUAAGAUCUUGGAGAUAGUAAGAUGAGAGGGUGAGACUAGGAAAGAGAUACUGAAAGGCUUUUAUUCUGAGAAUUAAGUCCACUCUCCUUAACUCCUUAACAUUCCGCUUCAAAACCUGGCAGAAGCUUUUAGCAAAAUGUCCAAGAUGCCAUUGAAAAAAUCAUUGUCUGUUCCCCAUUGUUCAGGAUGAUUCUGAAGGAGAAUGCAUCUGUGGAGCGGUGAGCUGGGCUGACUGGCCUAGAGAAAACGAUCCUGUUUCUGGGAUAUGGAAGGAGCUGCUUUUGGUGGUUAUUUAUAAAAACCAGGCUAGCCUUAGAAUGUAUCAGUUCUCUGGGCUCCUUGAUUCUGAUCUGGCUUCUUAAUGACUUAACUCAUCCUUCAGGCAAAACCUCACGAAACAAUUUGAAAAGAGUCACUGGCCUGGCUAAAAGUGAGCAUAAGUAGGAAAAACAUCUUAUCUUCCAGAACAGGUCUUAAUCUCCAACAUGACCAGGCUACAGAUACUAGGCAAGAUGCAUUGGCUGACAUUUAAAAGAUAUUUAAAAUAUUUAAAUUAUGGAGGGGGAGGUAGAAGUGAAUAAACAGAAGGAGACUUGACUUUGGGUGGUGAACAUACAA